UUGUUUCUGUUCUAUCUUUAAAGUAUUGUGAUUGUUGAUCUUAUUCAGGGUGUCACUGACUGGGCAGAGAUCCAGACAUAUAGGUUGGGGAAUUUAUUUUUUUUCAGCAAACAGUACUUUGCUUGCUUCACUGACAUGCAUUUAAAUCUGCUGUCAACAUAAACCAGAUACUGCACUAUAUUUCAGAAUUUCACUCCAGAAACAUGAUGCUCUUAAAAUCUGCAGAUGUUUUAGAAAUUUCUAAGAGCAGAAUAUUAAUUCCAGGAGUAAUAGCUAUCUAAUGUUUUAUUUAUAUAUAAACAAAUACUCCAACCAGAAUUUUUUUCUUUUAUUUUAAGGAUCUUUGUUGUGUCUACCCUUUACCACCCUAAAUUCUUUCCCGUGACUGCAGUAAAUGCUUAUAAUUACUUUUUUCCCUUCUUUUCUCCUACAACCACCAAAAUGUAAGAGAAGACAACACUGCAGAUUUUAAUCAAACAGUGUUUAUCAGUUGAAGAUUAUCCUUUCACAUGUAGAGUUACUGGUAGAAGAUAAUGCUGCAAACUGCCUUUCUGCUGCUUAAGUUCUAGCUCUUUCCCUGUGGCAGUGCAGGACAACUUGAAGCACCUCAUACUGAAAGAGUGAUGGGUAACCUUCCAUUUACUGGCAGCUGGAUGGUGAACUGUUGUGUCACUGGCAUGGCAACUUUGCAUGUGCACACGCUUAUCCAAUGAUUAUGGCACAGGCUCAGGGUUUGGGGAAGAGAUACAUUAAAGCCUUUUUAAAAGGUUUCUUUGUUGCCGUUCCUGUCACUGUGACUUUCCUGGAUAGAGUUGCCUGCGUGGCAAGAGUGGAAGGAGCAUCAAUGCAGCCUUCUUUGAAUCCUGGGGGAAGACAAGCAUCUGAUGUAGUGCUCUUAAACCACUGGAGCAUUCGAAAUUAUGACGUACAACGAGGGGACAUUGUGUCAUUGGUGUCUCCUAGAAAUCCUGAACAGAAGAUCAUUAAACGAGUGAUUGCACUUGAAGGAGACAUUAUCAAAACCAUUGGAUACAAAAAGAAGUAUGUGAAAGUCCCACAUGGUCAUAUUUGGGUGGAAGGGGAUCACCAUGGACACAGCUUUGACAGCAAUGCUUUUGGCCCCGUUUCUCUUGGACUUCUGCAUGCUCGAGCUACUCAUAUUCUCUGGCCUCCACAACGCUGGCAGAAGUUACAGCCAAUGCUACCUCCAGAGCGCAAACCACUGCACAGAGAGCAGGAGUGAGCUAAAUGUUCUGACAGGACAACACUGACGUAAGUUUAACCAGGAAGAGUUGCAAUGGCUGUACCACCACCUCUAAGAGCUUUGCCAAGUGUGCUUUGAUAUUGGGUAUCAAAUCAGCAAAUACAUGUGACAUAUUACAAUUCUACCUUAAGUGUAAAGUUCUUCAAGGGGGUUAUGUUUGUUUGUUUGUUCUGUUGUUUGGUGUAUUUUUAACAUCUCAAACAUUGUAUGUUAAUUUCGUUUGAAAUAACUGGUUGUAGAAGGAUUGAAUGUUCAUUUUUUUCUGAGAGCAGUAAAAAGCUUGACUUAUGCCUGUGCUUCUCUGGAUAAGAAACUAUUAAAACCUGCAAUAAAAUAUUUUGAUCUUUUA